GCAGCCAAACGAAACGACACGGUGUACAUGAAUGAGCUGAUCAAGCGAGGGGUGGAUGUCAAAGCUAAGAAUAAUAUAGACAGGACCGCUCUCCACUGGGCUGCAGGGGCUGGGCAUGAACAGGCAGUGCGCCUCCUCCUGGAACACGAGGCUCCCGUGAAUGACGAGGACACUGUGAGCUUUUCCCCAUGCUAUUUUGGGAUGAGUGCGCUCCUCCUGUCUGCUUGGUUUGGUCACUUACGCAUCCUUCAGAUCCUUGUCAAUGCUGGUGCUAAAAUCAACUGUGUAAAUAAGAAUGGCCACAACCUCCUGCACUGUGCUGCCCAAAGAGGUCAUCUCAGGGUGAUGGAGUUCAUCAUGGAAGAUCUGGAAGAUGUGCAGUUGAAUAAGAAAGAUAAGAUGGGCAGGACGGCAUUUCAUUUAGCUGCAGAGAAGGGGCAGCUGGAGGUGGUGGAGUUUCUCCUGGACUUUGGCUCUUCUCGCAGCACCAAAGACAAGGAGAAGAACACGGCUCUUCAUUUGGCGGCCACGCAUGGACAUGUAGGCGUGUUGCAGAAACUUAUAGAAGCUGGCAUGGACCUGGAUGACAAGAAUGCAGAAGGAAUGACUUCCCUGCAUUUGGCAGCUGAGAGAGGACACAAUGAUUGCAUCAAGCUACUUCUGGAAGCUGGCUGUGAGGUCAAUGCCCAAACACAGAAAAAAAUGACCUGCCUUCAUUAUGCUGCACUGAAUGGCUAUGUAGACAUGGCCAGAACCCUUCUUGAUGCAGGAAUCCAGAGAGAUGCUCUGAAUUACCAAAACGCAUCAGCUAUGCACAUUGCGGUGCUACGGAACUACCCAGCCAUUGUAAAAAUCCUCAUUGAUGCCGAAUGUGACCUUGAUGUCCCUGAUAACAGACAACAGAGUCCUCUUCAUAUCGCUGCAGAGCACGGAAGGCAGGAUAUUGCCGAGAUGAUCCUCGUGGCUGGGGUGAAUUUAAAAUUAACCGAUAAGCAAGGAAAAACUUCUCUGGAUGUUGCUGCCCGUGGGAACCAUGUCAAUUUGGCUGAUAUGAUCAUCAAAGCGGACAGGUUUUACAAAUGGGAAAAAGAUAACCUCAGCAGCGAUUCUGACUCCUGGGUAGCCGAGCGUUUAACUUUCAAGCAGGACCAUCGGCUGGAAACGCAGCAUAUCCGUUCGGUGAUAUGGCGGCUCGCAACCAAAUACCUCAAACCCAGCGAGUGGAAGAAACUCGCGCAUUACUGGAAAUUCACGGAGGCGCAUAUCAGAGCAAUUGAACACCAGUGGACAGGCACCAAAAGCUACCGAGAGCACGGCCAUCGGAUGCUGCUGAUCUGGCUUCAUGGGGCGAUCGUGGCAGGAGAAAACCCAGUCAAAGGACUGUACGAAGGGCUGGUUAGCAUUGGGAGGAGCGACUUAGCAGAAAGUAUCAGGAAGCUGGCCAAUGCAAAUUCCCCCACGUCUCCACGGAGGUGUUCAGCGAUGUGA